UCCUUAAUGAAUAACUUAGAACGAGGAGGAGGCAAACGCUGCCCCAGCUGUUUCCUGUUGAAAAUGUCUGUGUAAUGUAGAUAAAUGUGUGGGAUUUUCUCUCUAAAUCCGUCUCCUGUCCGCUAAAUCUCACUUCUCCAAAACGAGCCUGCGCAAUGGAACAAAGUGGGAAUAUUGAGAUGUGACAUUGCCCCGCAUCUCGUCCUCGUUCUUGCCCCCGGCUUCUUUUUUUUAAUGACUUCAAACAAGUUGCUCAUUUUCGCCGGGCGUCUUUGUCUUUCUGCGGAGAUCCGCGGUGAUGUCUAGCGCUGCUUCCUCCCAGUGGCAUUUAUGUGAUGUCCUCAAGGGUGCCAUGUGCUGUAUCUCCUGUAGCCACACCCUCUCACUACUGCUGUGCAUCCUCACCCUGACUCCGACGGCAACAGGGGCAGGCCCAGAGACCCUGUGCGGGGCGGAGCUGGUCGACACGCUGCAGUUUGUCUGUGGAGAGAGGGGCUUUUAUUUCAAUAAACCAACAGGCUAUGGGCCCAGUGCAAGGCGGUCACACGGCAUUGUUGACGAGUGCUGCUUCCAGAGUUGUGAGCUGCGGCGCCUGGAGAUGUACUGCGCACCCGCCAAAACUGGCAAGUCAUCCCGCUCUGUUCGUGCACAGCGCCACACAGAUGUGCUGAGAACGCCCAAGGUCAGCAACCCGGGACAUAAAGCGGACAAGGGCACAGAGCGCAGGACAGCGCAGCAGCCAGACAAGACAAAAAACAAGAAGAGAACAUCUGGACAUAGUCAUUCAUCCUUCAAGGAGGUCCAUCCGAAAAACUCAAGUCGAGGAAGCUCCGGGGGCAAAACUUUCAGAAUGUAGGGAAGCAGCGAAUGGACAACAGCUUAUGAAGAGAGAAGGGCGUGGCCUUACCUGGUACCCCCUUUGGAACGGUUCACUGUCAAACAAAACAAAGGAUGCUAAAAAAAAUGGCCUAAAAGUUAAAAAAAAAAUAGAUAAGUUGUGUUUAAAUGUUGGAUGAGGGUACUUGUGAUCAACUGAAACACUGCAUCAUUCCAUAUUGGGAGGAAUGUGUUGUUAACUCAAUGUAAAGGAAUAGUUUUAGCUGUUAAGACACAAUAAGAGUUAGCUAUACUUCCAUGUUUAAGCUGCAACAACUCCCUUUCUUGGCUCAAGAAAAGGUGGGAGCAUCAGCUACCUUUUCACAUCCUUUUUCACUCUGUCACAGCCCAAAUUCAGCAGCUGAUAUCCUUCGUCAAAUUCAGUUUUAUCUUUAGAGUUUGUUUUUUAAGCACUAUGCAUUACUGUGGAUAUGUUGUUUAUCUUGAAGAGCAAGACCAUGUGGUUUAUUGUCGGUCUUUCAAACAUCGCUGUUGUUAAUUUCACCCUUAGGCCAAGUUAAAUCCCUGUUAAGUGGAGUGGCUUGAGGGUUUGAGAGCAAUCCCAAUCCUCUCCAAACCCCACUAAGUGUUGAGGACACGGUCCGCAAUCCACUUCUAUAACAAAGGCUGAGGCAUAAUUUGUUGGCUUGGUCAAAAAGAAGGAAAGAAAGAAAAACCGACUUCAGGUUUUCCAAUUUUCCAAAGCGGAGAACAAACCUGAGAUUUUUUUUUUUACCUCUCAGCUCGUCGUUGUCAGAAAUAGGUCAGUCAGCAGAUUCAAAGUUCAUCUGGCACAAAUAAGUAGAUUUAUCAAAUAGUGAGAACCAGCCAAUAUGUUCCUCUUCUGUGUACUUUUCACAGGUCACAACUCUUUCCAGAUCUGAUUGCGAAAAAGGUCCAGCUACCUGGAAAUAAACAUUUCAGAAACAUUUAGUAGAAAUCAUGCAUUUUCAGUCAUAGGUUUGUUUUUUUCCAAAAGAUUGUUCUUAAAUGAGCCAAUACCAAUGACUAAAGCAAGAGAGUAAAAAUGUUGGAACAGUGGCUGUCUGUGGUGCCUUGCAAAAUUAACCUUACCACUUUUUACAUUUUGUCACUCUAAAACCAGAGACUUUAAAACUUUUUAUUGGGAUUUUAUGUUAUAGACCUCCACAAAAUAACUCAUAAUUGUGAGUUAGAAGAAAGGGAUGCAUGGUUUUCUGAAUUUUUACAAAUAAUAAGUGCAUUGUGAUCAGCUUUUCACUGCAAUGACAGUUUUAAUUUGAACAUAUUGCCCCAUUCUACUGCAAAACAGCUCAACCUCAAAUUGCAUGGAGAUUUUCAAGUUCUGGCACUUUAUUUUAUUGAAUUUAGGUCUGGACUUUGACAGGGUCAUUCUAAUCCAUGACUAAGACAUUGCCAUGCAGCUCCUGCUGUAUUGAUUGACCCGUAUUUAGCUACGUCCAUCUUCCCUACAAUGCUGACUGGUUCCCUGACCCUGCAAAAAAAAAAAAAGAAAAAGAAAAGAAAAGAAUCCGCACAGGAUGAGGCUACCACUACUUCUGUCUGUAGUGAUGGUGUAUUCAAGAAGAUGAGCAGCAUUUUCUUCUACAUCAAGGGGAAAAGGUUAAAAUUUGGUCUCUUCUGACUUAAUCAGCUUCUUCCGCAUUUGCGUAAAUAUCUGUGCAGUGCACGACUAGCAUUGACCGUGCCAACAGAUUCUUCCAGUUUGGUAGCGGAUGUCUGCAGCUCCUCCCAAGGCAUUUCCAGGCCUGUUUGUUUUGGUGGACAGAUUUUAUUCAGAGGUACCAAAUUAUUGCUUUUGCAAUUCUAUUACUUAAAAUCCCAGUAAAGUACCGUAAAAUUUUUCGGUUGUAACAUGAUGAAAUAUUGACAUUUUAAAAGAGGUAUCAAUUCUUUUGCAAGGCACAGUGAAGUUUGAUUAUCAUAACCUGACUUUUAUUAUUUAAGGGAGGCAAAAAUGUUUUUGCUAAAACUACUAUUGGCUUUGAGUCUAUAAUUUGAUCCAAUGACAAGAGUACAACCAAACAACACAGCAUCAGUUUCAAAGUCCACUGGAAAGGCUUGCAGAAUAAACUGAUAAAUAUUGCCAACUAACGUCUGACGAGGAAAUGCGGUAUUGCAACAGCACACAACUACACUUACAAAGCAGCCACAGUAAAUAUAUAAAUGAUCCAAAUAUGACUAAGGGUCAAGAUCACCUUCACAACUUUCACAAACAACCCAGUUCUGAGAAGCCAUUGCAUGAUAGCUGACAGGAAACUGACAGCCUCUCUGAAAAUGCCCCAAAGAUGGCUCACAUCUGGCUCUGCCUCCUCUCUCUGUGUAUAAUCAAGCUAUACUCCCAUUAUGUUAACCUAUGCAUUACUAUCACUCAUUGUACAUGAUUGUUUCAUAUAACAAAACUGUAUUAAAAAUCCUAUCCACUGUAUAAUGGUGCUAUUUUAUAGUUUGUUACUUGCGAAGAGAUGGCUAAGACAGACGGAUGGCAGGGCUUACAUUGGAGGUCUUCCCUUUUGCACAGCCUUGUGGCCACCAUGUUAAUAGUGAUUUUAUUUGUAAGCAGUUUCAAUAGUGGAAAGCAAGUAAAUGUAUCUGUGUGAAAUCUGUGAAUGCAUGGUGAAUAAAACAAAAAAAGGAAAGUGAGUAUACAAUGUUGUGGCUCCAAGAAGGCAAAAUGCUAUUUUUUCUACUAUUCUUAAAUUAUUUUCUCAAUAUAGAUCCCUAAUGCCAAAUGUCUUGGAAAGAAAUACUGUAAACUGUGAUUCUUCCAGUUGUGUUAAGAUUGUUAAAAGUCAUGGUGUGCUUUUGUCUGUCCAGUGUGUGUGUGUAGGUGUGUGUGUGUGCGCGCAUACGCCUCCCUGGAAGCCAAAGUAUCAAAUAUUAGGGGAAAUCAAACUGGGAUUAUGCAACUUUUAAUUAACUCCUACUGGCGACAGAAAGUCAUUUAACUGUGUUCAUUACCCAUUUAACAUUUUAUCUUUAAUAUUUCAUAAUAACCAAUUUUAAAUGUUUUGCAUUACGUUUAAGUUUGCAAAGUAUUUUAGGCAAACUUGCCUAAAAACUAUAAACACUGUAUGUCUCGCGGCCAUGUUGGUUUUUAUCAUUAAUUGCCGGUUGAAAAACCUCUGGGAAACUCCAAGUUGUAAUUGCAACUUUGGGAGGCUUCCAGUAAAAAUUUCUAUUUAAAAAAAAAAAGAAAAUUCUGACAAGACUUCAAAUAAAUUUUACAACUUCACCACUAAUUUAAAAUUAGAUGACAUAACAAAAAUCUUUGUCUUCUUGAAAAAGUGUUGUUUCAUAAAAGGAGAAUCAUAGGUCAAGUCGUUUUUGACACCUGCCUAAUUUGAGAAUAAAUUUACUUAUGCUGCAUUCUGCUUGCCUCUGCAGUUGGAGCUUGGAUGUUAAAACAAUAUAACACCCAGUUUGAUCACGAUCUUGUUGCAAGUCAAUUGCCAAUUUUGUUAGCACUGGCUACUAUUGGUUACACAACAUCAAAAUGCAUAUUUUCUCCAUUUUAUUAACAAAAUGAACAUCAUCACAAAUAGAGGCUGUAAAGUGGUGUGUGUGUGUCAGAAGUUUAAUUUCAUCCAAACUGGUAUAAGUGCAAAUAAAUUAUUUGAACCUGAAA